AACAUAAAAAUUAAUUUAUCGAUUUUAUGUUGUUGAAUAUAAUUUACAGGUUGUUGUCAAGGUAACAAUUAUACAAUAUACAAAACAACUGUUAACAAAUCUAAACAUAAACAUUUUUAUUAUCUUAAAAAUAAAUAAGUAAUUGUUGAUAUUUAAUAAUUAAAGUUUAAAAAAUAUAAGUAUAAUCAUGACAAUUACACAGCCAGAUAUUGAUGAUGAUAUUUAUGGUGGUUACAAUGAAUAUCCAUCGGUAUAUAGUACCCAAGAUUUGGAUCAAGAUAUUGUAUUUCAAGAAGCCGUACAAAUGAGUAAUAUUAAAAGAAAUAUUUAUACACCAAAAGUACCAGGUACAGCAAUGAGAUUAGGUACAUCAACUGGUUUUCAACGUAAUGGUAGAAUUUUAACUGGUAGACCUGGUACUGGAGCAAGACCAAUGACUGCUGUACGUGGUGCUGGUUAUACAAGUCAACGUCAAACAAAUUUUGAUCCUUUAAAUAUGGGAAGUUCAUCAAGAGGACCAGCACCACCAUUAGAAGCUGGUAAAGAAGAUACAACUGAAGAAAAAAUUAAAAUUGCUGAACAAAAAAUUAUGAAUUUAAUUGAAAGUUCAGCUGAUGCUGCUAGUAAUAAUAAUAUGAAAGUUGCAUUAGAAAGAGCUAGAGAAGCAUCAUCAAGAGAAAGAAAUCUUAUUCGUAUACAAGAACAAGCUGGUCUCAGUGAUAAUCAUAAUGUUGAUUUGACAUUUGCUGUUUUAUUUAAUCUUGCAAGCCAGUAUACAAAUAAUGAAAUGUACACAGAGGCACUUGCAACGUAUCAAGCAAUAACACGAAAUAAAAUGUUUACAAAUAGUUCAAGACUUAAAAUGAAUAUGGGAAAUAUUUAUGUUAAAAUUGGACAAUUAUCUGAAGCUGUUAAAAUGUACAGAAAAGCAUUAGAUCAAACAUCUGUUGCUCAAAAAGAUAUAAGAAUUAAAAUAACUCAUAAUAUUGCAAUGUUAUUUGUACAAAUGGGAAGAUUAGAAGAAGCAGCUAAAAGUUUUGAAUAUGUCAUGGGACAAAGAGCUGAAUUUAAAGCUGGUUUACAUAUUAUACUGUGUUAUUUUGCUCUUGGACAUCGUGAUAAAAUGAGAAAAGGAUUUAUUGAAUUACUAAUGGUACCAUUAAAUAUUGAUCAAGAUGAUAAAUAUAUCAUUCAUUCGGAUGAUCUUGCAGCAAAUAUAUUAAAUGAAGUUAUUAAAACAGAUGAAUUAUCAAAAUUAGAAAAUGAAAUGAAACAAGAAGCUCAAAAAGCAAUUUUAAGUGCUGCUAAAUUAAUUGCACCAGUUAUUGAAGAUACUUUAUCAGCUGGUUUUGCAUGGUGUGUACAUCAAAUAAGAUCAUCUGCAUAUGCACCUCUUGCUGCUGAUUUAGAAAUAAACAAAGCCAUGGUAUUUUUACAUAAUCGUGAAACAAAUAUGGCAAUAGAUACCCUUAAAAUGUUUGAAAAUCUUGAGACGAAAGCCAACAGUGCAGCUUCAACAAUGUUAUCAUUUAUUUAUUUUUUGCAAGGUGAUUAUGAGCAAGCUGAACGUUAUGGAGAAGCAGCAAGAAAAGCAGAUAGUUAUAAUGCAGCAGCUUAUGUUAAUUUAUCAGCAUGUGCUAUAAAAAAAGGUGAAUUAGAAAGAGCAAGAGAACUUCUUCUAUGUGCUCUUGACAGUGAUGCUAGUCAUGUUCAAGCUCUCUAUAAUUUAGGAUUAGUUUAUAAAAAACAAGAAUGGUAUGAAGAAUCUCUAGAAUGUUUUUGGAAACUACGAAAUAUCGUACGAUAUGAUCCACAAACAUUAUAUCAGAUUGGACAUUUGUAUCAGCUUAUUAAAGACAUGGAUCAAGCAUCGGAAUGGUAUAAUCAAUUGUUGGGAAUAAUACCAUCGGACCCUGGAGUACUUCAAAAAUUAGGAGAAAUGUAUGAUAAUCUUGGUGAUAAACAACAAGCAUAUCAGUACUACAGUGAUUCUUUUAGAUAUUAUUCAGCAAAUUUCGAGGUGAUUGAUUGGCUGGGAUCUUACUUCAUCUCCAUGCAGGUUGCUGAAAAAGCAUUGACGUAUUUUGAAAGAGCAGUUGAGUUAUCACCAGAUCAACCACGUUGGCGUUUACUUGUUGCUGCUUGUUUACGAAGAACUGGACAAUUUCACAAAGCCCUAGAAGAAUAUCAAGAUAUUCAUAGAAAAUUUCCAGAUAAUAUUGAAUGUUUAAAAUUUUUAAUACGUUUAUGUAGUGAUUUAGGAUUAAAAGAGGCACAAUUAUAUGCAGCUGAAUUAAAAAAAGCUGAAAAAACUAAAGAAAUUAAAGAACGACAAACUUCUGGACGACCUGGUUCAAGAAGAAGUAAUAGUGGUAAUUCAUCACGUGGUGGUUCUGAAAUGAGUGUACAAUCGGAUCAUCGUUCUAGUCCAAUUGCAAAUCGUAAAGAAUUUCGCAGUUCAGUCAGUGGUGGACAAUCACGAUUUAAUCGUUUAAAUGUUUUUGAAAAUUAUGAAGAAUCAACAACUGAAUUACAAAAUGAAGUAAAUUAUGCAGAUCCAAUUGGUCCAUUGCCAACAAGACCAAUGACAGCUGCUGGAAAAAGAGAUGAUGAUUUUGGUGAUGAAGAACUUGGUGAUGAUCUUCUGCCAGUUUGACCUCAACAAAUGAAACAUAAACAAUUUUAUAUCAAUGAAUAUUGUGAUAAUAUAUCAUUUAUAUUAUUCAAACUUUCAAGAAGCUACUUUAUUAUUAUAUUCAAAUUUAACUUGCAUUUAAUUUAAUUCAAAGUAUAUAAAUUUAAAAAAAAAAAAUAAAAUUGGGUCACUUAAAUCAAGUCAAUUUAUUAAAUUAAAUCAGAAAUAAAAGUUUAAUUGGAAGGUCUCAUAUAUGAAUAAAAAAUAAAUAUAUAAUAUUAAUUUUUGAUAAAUAUAAUGUAUAAAUAAAUAAAAAUUAUUUAUUUAUUGUUUUUGUCCUUCAAUUGUUAUUAACAUUAUUUUCUUUUUAAUAUCAUUUUUAAAAGUUUAUACGACAACGAAUAUUAUAUGUGUAUUAUGAUCGAAAAAACUGGUUUCGAAAUUCAUUCAAGCUUCAUGAACGAGUUAUAUAUCAACUUGCAUAUGGCUUUAAAGUUAUUUUUUAGUUUUUUAAAUUCAUCAUUUUCAAUCAUUUGUAAUUAUAAAUAAUUUAAAAUUGUUAUUUCAAUUGAUUCAAGUUCAUCUAUAUUCAAUACACAUUAUUCACAAUUUAAUAUUCAAAUAUAAUUUGAUUGAUAAAUAAAUAAAUAUAUUUUUGUUAAAGAAGGGUUUAUCAAUAAAUAAAUAACAGAAAAAAAAAAAAAA